AUGACGGACUCUUCGUCGAAAUCUUCAACGGAUCCAUCCAACGCCGUUGACGCGCACACCAGCUCGAAACAAGCGAACAACGCCCUUCUUCCUACUCAGAGCAGCGACAACGAGCACGAUGGCUUCCACAAUGAUCAACAAGACCACCUGGACAUGCAGCGUCUUGGAAAAAAGCAACAAUUCAAACGCACUUUCUCGCUUUGGUCUUCAAUUGGCUUUGUAGCCAUUUACAUGGCCACAUGGGAAUUCGUCCUGAUUUCGCUGGCUCCUGGCUUUACGAAUGGAGGAUACGCGGGCGUGUUUUGGUGCUUUGUUACAACUACCACAGCUUAUUCUGCUGUUGUCGCGAGUUUGGCCGAGAUGGCUUCUAUGGCGCCUACUUCCGGUGGUCAAUAUCACUGGGUCAGUGAAUUCUCACCUCCAAAGUAUCAAAAGGUCCUCUCGUAUGCGUCCGGCUGGAUGACAACUCUUGGCUGGCUCGCCAGUUUCGCGAGCAGUUGCUACACAAUCGCCUUCCAAGUCCAAGCCUGCAUCAACGUGACAAACCCCGACUUUGCAUUCACACCGUGGCAAAUCGCGCUCAUCAUGUGGGCUGUCAUUCUCAUCACCAUCGCCUUCAACACCUGGGGCACAGCGUUCUUCCCACAGCUCGAAACAGCCAGUCUGAUCGGUCAUGUCCUCGGAUUCUUCGCCGUCAUGAUUCCUCUCUGGGUUCUCUGCGAUAAGAAUUCCGCAAAUGACAUCUUUCUCCAGUUCACUGAUCAGAGUGGGUGGGAUAACAUGGGUUUCGCAUACAUUUCUUCUCAGAUUUAUGUUUUGUGGUGUUGUUUUGGGUCAGACAGUAUCGUGCAUUUGUCUGAAGAAGUCAAAAACGCAUCGAUCAUCGUGCCUAGGGCUAUUUGGUGGUCCUAUAUCGGUAAUGUCUUUUUCGGCUUUAUCAUGCUCAUCACCAUGCUUUUCUGCAUUGGACCUUUGGAUCCGGUGAUCGCGUCGGAUUGGCCUUUCAUCACCCUCUUUGACCGAACGGGUUCGCAGAGCUUGAAUCUGUUCUUUAACGUUAUCCUGUGGCUGUUGGUGUAUCUGGGCAACAUCACGACGCUUGCGACUUGUGCGCGUGAGACUUGGGCUUUUGCUCGAGAUCAGGGACUUCCUGGUUCAAAGUGGAUUGGCCACAUGGACAAGAAGUGGCACAUGCCUUUCAAUGCAGUCUAUCUCAUGUCCAUCGGCGCUGCCCUCCUCAGUCUAAUCCAGAUCGGCUCUGACGUCGCCUUCACCGUCCUCGUAUCUCUCUCGACCCUUGGUAUCAUGACCACGUAUCUCCUCAGCAUCGGCUGCGUUCUUCUCAAGCGCAUUAGAGGCGAGACUCUCCCCUACGCGCGAUGGAGUCUGGGGCGGUUUGGACUGGCUAUCAAUGCUUUCUCAGUACUGUACAGUUUGUUCAUUGUUAUUCUCUGCUGUUUCCCUCUUACUUUGCCUGUUGAUACAGCAUCGGCGAAUUGGGCACCUUUAAUCUGGUUUGGUGUCAUUAUUAUUGCUGCUAUCGCCUAUAUGGCACAUGGUAGGAAGGCCUAUACUCCGCCUGUCAACUUUGUUGAGGGAGUCAAGAUGCAGGGAGUUGGACUACAGGAGUCUACAUAG